CUGGAAAGACAUCCGAGUUUGCCAGCAACGGCUACGCCAACGGCUCCUCCACGCAGACGCAGAACAGCGCUUCCGGUGGCGCUGCCGGAAGUGGACGCACAAACUUUACCAACAAACAACUCACGGAGCUGGAGAAGGAAUUCCAUUUCAACAAGUAUCUCACACGGGCACGCAGGAUUGAAAUCGCCGCCGCUUUGGGCCUGAACGAAACCCAGGUGAAAAUCUGGUUCCAAAACCGAAGGAUGAAGCAGAAGAAGCGGAUGCGGGAAAUUCAGUUCGAGAAGGUCAACGGGGAUUCCUGUCAGCACGGUGCCGGUCUCGAAGGGUUGACAGUUCCAAACCUAGCGCUAUGCCACGACACUAGAUGA